AUGACGGCCCCAAUCGACCAGAACCCCCAGCAUGAGCAGGACCAGGCACAGUCGGCCCCCGAGCAAUUGGUGGCCGACAGCCAGAUGUCCCCAGAGACAUACCAGUUCCCCUCACAGCGGCUGGUGCGCCGGCAGAAGCAAGCAGGAAAGACACCACUAGUCCUCGUGGCGUGCGGAUCAUUCAGUCCAAUUACCUAUCUACACCUCCGGAUGUUCGAGAUGGCCUCCGACUUUGUGCGAUUCAACACCGACUUCGAGGUGGUGGGCGGGUUCCUGUCGCCCGUGUCGGACGCUUACAAGAAGGUUGGCCUUGCACCGGCGUAUCACAGGAUUGAGAUGUGCGAGUUGGCCGCGCGGGAAACCUCGACCUGGUUAUCAUGCGAUCCCUGGGAAGCCAUCCAGCCUGACUAUGUUCCUACCGCAGAAGUCCUCGACCAUUUCGAUCACGAGAUAAACGAAGUGCUCGGUGGAGUGGAGGAUGUGCAUGGCAACAGGAGACCUGUGCGAAUCGCCUUGCUGGCUGGUGCCGAUCUGAUCCAGACCAUGAGCACCCCGGGCGUAUGGUCACCUCGAGACCUGGAUCAUAUCCUUCGCAAGUACGGCACUUUCAUCAUUGAGCGGAGUGGGACCGACAUCGAGGAGGCCCUGGCAAGUCUGAAGCAGUGGCAGGAAAACAUCUACGUCAUUCAACAGGUGGUGCAGAAUGAUAUUUCCAGCACAAAAGUCAGGCUGUUCUUGAAGAGAGACAUGUCUGUUCGGUACCUCAUUCCCGAGCCAGUCAUUCAGCACAUCGAGAAGAAUCACCUUUACGAAGACCCCAAGAAGAAGGAGGAUGACGACAAGGACAAGGGCAAGACACUGUCCAGCGAUGCCGCCUCGCAAACCGACGAACCUACAAAGGCUGAGUCGAGCAGACAUGCGAGUGAGGGCUAG